AUGGCCACCGCCGCCAGCCGCCGCCAGCCACCGCCGCCAGCUGCUGCCAGGACGGCAUUGGACGAGAUGGGGAAGGGCGGCGAGUUUCGUCGCAAGGAUUCCGCCUUCCGCUCGUGGAUCAAGAAGGGUGGCGAAUUCGAGCCUGAAGCCGGCCGCUACCACCUGUACGUGUCCCUGGCCUGCCCCUGGGCAUCACGCUGCGUGGCGCUGCUGCACAUGAAGGGCCUGGAGGAUGUGAUUGGGCUGUCGGUCACGCACCCCACCUGGCAGCGCACCCGCCCCGACCAGGAUGAGCACUGCGGGUGGGCCUUUGCCAGCCCAGACGGCCCGCCACUCUCCAGCUCCACCGGCCACGGCUCAUUCACGUGCGAGGGCUGCAUCCCUGACCCCAUCAACGGCGCCCAGUUUGUGCGCGAUCUAUACGAGAAGAGCAGCGACACCUCUGGCAAAUACUCGGUGCCGGUGCUGUGGGACAAGAAGAAGGGCUGCAUCGCCAACAAUGAAUCCUCGGAAAUCAUCCGCAUGCUCAACAGCGAGUUCAACGACCUGGCCGGCAACCCGCAGCUGGACCUGUACCCAGCAGACCUGGCGGCGGCAAUCGACGAGGCCAACAGCUGGAUUUACCCUGCGAUAAACAAUGGCGUGUACCGCUGCGGGUUUGCCACCUCACAGGAGGCGUAUGAGACAGCCUUUGGCGAGCUGUUUGCGGCGCUGGACCGCUGCGAGGACAUCCUGUCGCGGCAGCGCUACAUAGCGGGGGACCGCAUCACGGAGGCAGACAUCCGCCUGUUCCACACCCUCAUCCGGUUUGACCCUGUUUACGUGGUCUACUUCAAAACAAAUGGCAAAUUCAUCCGCGAGUGCCCCAACCUGUCCAACUACACCCGCGACAUCUUCCAGACGCCGGGCGUGUCCAAGUCGGUGAACAUCAGGCACAUCAAGGUCCACUACUUCUCCUCGCACCCCAAGCUUAAUUACUAUGCAAUAAUGCCGGUGGGCAGCGAGAGCGACCCGUGGUGGGAGAAGCCGCACGACCGCGCGGAGCGGUUUGGGCAGAAGAGCUGA